GUGUUUAUUCUCUCUACGCGUCGUCUCCUCUCUCGUCGCAUCGACCCCCCUCUCCUAGUUGGAGAAAGCGUCCAGAUUACUCCGAUCCCCUCUUCCACCCCUCGAUUCCAUCUAGGGUUAGGGUUAGGGUUAGGAUUAGGAUUAGGGUCAGGACUCUCCUCCUCUCUCUCUCUCCUCCGCACCAGCCCCUGCCCAUGGCGUCGUCCGCGCAGCUCCGCCUCAUGUCCGAUCUCAAAUCCAUCCGCAACGAGCCCCCCGAGGGUUGCAGCGCGAGUCCCUUGUCGGAUGAGAACUUGUUCGUGUGGAGCGCGACCAUAUUCGGCCCCGACGAAACCCCGUGGGAAGGUGGUGUAUUUGGUCUUCGGUUGACGUUUGGGGAUAAUUACCCUGCGAAGCCUCCUCGUGUGCGCUUCACUUCCGAUGUGUUCCACCCAAAUGUUUACACUGAUGGCACACUUUGCAUGGAUAUCAUUCAGGAUGCAUGGUCGCCUUGCCACAAUGUUUGUACAAUAUUAACAUCAAUCCAGUCACUUCUCACUGACCCAAAUCCUGCGAGUCCUGCAAACCCCGAGGCUGCUCACUUGUUCCAGCAUGAUCUUCAGGCUUAUAACAAGAGAGUGCGGCGAUGCGCACGUAGGUCUAUUGAAUCUGUGUAGCUCGUGGUUCUGCAUGUCAAUCCUCUUUCUAAUGUCAUUGGGCCUUUGUUGUUUCCAUUGUAGUGUUGUUGAUUGAAGAUAUUUUUCGAGUAAUAAUCUGUUGUUGGUGUCUUUGGGUUACUGAUGGUUAUCUGUUUGCUUCGAAUUACAAAUAUGAUAGAGAUCCUUUGUUGUAUGAAAAGUGGUGUCAUUGAGUUCAAAUUAGUAGUUGUGAACCUUAAUUUGCUGUAUGAAGAAGUGAUGUUAGUGUUGAAACUAAGUUUUGUUGUA